ACAAUGGCGACGCAGCUUGCUGAUUCCGCAGUGCCAGUUACGGACAACUGGAAGAGGACAUUCCUAGUGGUGGCCGUUAACUGCUGCAUUAAAUCAACCCUAAACCCCCAGCCUCUCACAAACUUCUUGUCAGCUACCAUUGACAUCAACAACAUCCCCAAGUACAACUGGUGCAAGUACACCAUUGAAUCAUUGCUUCAUUCAGCUUCUGCUUGGCAAGAGGAUACCAGUAGAUUCUUCGCUGGUCCUCUGCCUUUCUUACAGGUCUGCUAUUUUGAUCGUCUACAGAAGGAACUACACAAGCCUCCCCGUCAAUUCCCGCUACUCUCUAUAUGGAAACGGGAAAUAAUCAAGAGCAGGAUUUAUUGGGAAUUCAAGUCCGGAGUGAUGAUGGGACUGUUCUCCCAAGGAUCACUGCUCCCAUGCACGGGCAACAAGAUGACAACAACAACAACAAGUAAUCCACUUCUCUAA